UAAAACUUAAUACAACCAGCUACAUCUGAUGACAAAGUAAAUAUAAAAUGCAUUAUAAUAAAGUGUUACAAAGAAUCCAAGAAGCUUUGAUAGACAGGCCUGUGUGUUUACUGUCGUGUUAAUAUUCAUUCUAUUGUUUUUAUUUUUAUUGACAGACAGCUCUGUGUGAUUAUAUUGUUUGUACUGUUGUGGACUGCAUAUUUAUUAUGUUGUGUGUUUGUAGUUUCUUGUUUCUGAUAAUAUAUCUAUUUAGGUGUUGUUGCUAUGUGUUAAUUGUUGUUUGUAUUUUCUUAUUAUAUAUUCAUUUUGUUUUUGUUGUGUGUUUGUUGCUGAUUAUAUAUUUAUGAAUGUGUUGCCGUGUCUGUUGGUACUUCUUUAGACUAACAGCUGUGUGCUUGUUGUUUUAUUUGCAUUGUAAUUUUAUUUUAUUUUAUUUUAUUAUUAUGUAUUUAGUAUGGUGUGGUUGCAAUGUCUGUUGUUUGUAUAGUUCCUUAAAUCUUUAGUAUUGUGUUGCUGUGUUUAUUGUGGUGUGUUUGUGAUUAUAUAUUCAUGUCUUGUUGUGUUUGUUGGUGGUACUUCCAUUAGACUGACCGCUCUGUGUGUGUUUGUUGUUAUUUUUAGACCACCCUUGCAGCUGUUUGUUGUUACUGUCCAUAUAUUUGCGUCUAUAGUCUGUUUCUUUUUCAGUAUUCCGCGCUCAUUUAUGGCCAAGUUCAGCCACGCGCUGUCCACGCGCUGAAGCCGCGCUCUGAUUGGCUGCCGCUGACCCCAAACGGCCCGCGGACCAAUCAUAGAGCCGGUCCGGUGAGUCCACACAGUGUGCAUGUGCUGCCGCUGAGCCGGUAACGGGACACCGGCACUACCCCUCCUCCCCUCCCCCCUCCCCCCUCCUCCCCUGGUCCGGUAUAAAACCACCGGACUGUUUACAGACACACACCCAUUCACUGCGACCUUAACACACUUAACCCGAACUAAGUGAUCCAGACCACAUCCAAGUCCCCUGAUCAGGUCCUAUUCUGUUACUAGUUCCGGUCCCGGUUCCGUCAUGGUCCUGUCCUCGGUUCAGAAGCUGAAGCUGUUCGCAGUGCGGCUGUCGGACCCCAGCCGCUCCUUCUACAGUUCCGGAGACAAACUGUCCGGCUCCGUGCAGCUGGAGGCGGAUCAGCCCUGCAGACUCAGCCGCCUCUGCGUCACCGCCGCCGGAUGCGCCCGAGUCCAGCACCGCAAGAAGAACCGGAGCCAUGAGGUGGAGUAUCUGAAGUAUGAGGAGGAGCUGCGGCUGGAGGAGCAGCUGGAGGCAGACUCAGAUGGCUGCUUCCUCCUUCCUGCCGGUAAAGUCUUCUCCUUCCAGUUCGGCUUUGAGUUGCCUCCCCCAGGCCGCCUGGUGUCAUCCUAUAAGGGGAAGUUCGGCAGCGUUCGUUACUACAUCCGGGCGCUGUUACAGAGGCCGUCCCAGCAGGUUUUGCAGUGUGAAAGGGAGUUUGAGGUGGAGGAACCACUGGACAUCAACCAGCCUGACCUGUUGGCUCCAGCUGCAGCGUCCAAACAUAAGAAGGUUACCUGUAUGUUCAUCCCAGACGGUCAGGUGUCCAUCAGCGCUCAGAUUGAGAGGAAAGGUUUCUGUGAGGGAGAGGACAUCAGCAUCAAUGCAAAGUUCGAGAACACCUGUUCCCGCAUCGUUGUCCCCAAAGCUGCCAUCAUCGCCAAACAUUCCUAUGUCGCCGAUGGACACUCCAAGGUUUUGCAGCAGAAACUGUCCGCGGUGCGUGGAAACCACAUCAUCUCGGGGAUGUGUGACAUGUGGCAGGGAAAAACCAUCCGCGUCCCCAAACUGAAGCCGACUCUGCUGGGCUGCGACCUCAUCAAGGUGGACUACGCCCUCAUGAUCUAUCUCCACAUUCCUGGCAGUGAGAAGCUGAUCCUGGAGCUGCCGUUGGUCAUCGGGACUGUCCCGUUCAGUGGCGUCGGCAGCCGGACGAGCAGCAUGAGCAGCCAGGUUGGAUCCCAGAGCAGCUGGGCCUCGUUCCCCUCCUUCUCGUCCUUCCCCUCAGCCCCGCCCAGCUACAGCAACAUCCACCGGGACCUCCGCGUGGAUGGACCACGAACACCACUGCUCAACGACUACGACGGCGAUGAGGAAGAGGAGGAUGGGCUGUUUAUGACUGCACCUCCCAUGCACUACCCCUCUACCUCUCCCCCUGCCUACAGCCAGGUUGAUCGGGAAUCUCCAGCUCUUCCAGUAUUCUGAGGAAGACGAAACCUGUCAAUCAAACCAAGAGUGGGCGGAGCCUGAAUAUCCAUCAGAGCCUCGACCUUCAUCUUUUUUCUAACAGUGAUUAAGCUUUUUUAUUAACAGUGAUUCAGCAGUUUUUCCUAAUAGUGAUUCAGCAUUUUUUUCCAACAGUGACUUAGCAUGUUUUAUUUGUUGGUAGAAUCAGAGAAAACAUUUUAUUGUAAAGAAUUUCAGAUGCUGACAUUAUCAAAUGUGUUGUUUGUUUUUCACUUCCUGCUGUAACAAGAAGUCACAGAUGUAAAUAUUUUGUAAAUAGAACAGAUGUUUAUUUUUUUACUGAAACAAUAAACUUAACUGAU